AUGAUACCACGUCUGCCACCUUUAUUACUAGCAUUGCUGGGCGGUGCUUCUAUCUAUGGUAUCAAACACGUCAUGGAUAAACUGGAACAAAAAAGCCUUGGACCCCCAGGGUCAAGUGAACAUUACGAGAAAAUGUACAGAUUUCGUCGCAAUGUCAAAACGAUUGGCAUGGCAACCGCUUUCACCUCAGUGGUAUUUGCAGGUUACUAUGUAUACACAUCACGUCAACAUCGUGAAACACCUGCAGCUAUGUAUAACAGAAACAAUGAUGAUGAGUUGUUUUAUCAAGAUCAAUAUAAAGAACGCGAAAGACGUUAUGCAGAAGAACGCGCUUUAUCCAAAGAAAAGGAAAAAGCAAAAGAACGACAGGCAAAAGAGCAUUUGCUAAAAGAAAAGCAAGCAAUGGAGCAGCUUUUAAGUGGACAUCUAAGCAACAAUAAAUAA